CGGGAUAGAAGCGUUGGGUCGGGAGAUAGCCGCCCGCUUCCAAGAUGGCGGCGGGAGCCUGGAAGGUGAAGCAGGACAUGCCGCCGGCGGGCGGUUAUGGACCAAUCGACUAUAAGAGGCGAUUGCCCUAUCGGGGGCUCCCGGGUUAUGGCCUUCUUGCCAUUGGACUUGGGGCUUUUGUUUUUGGCUCUUAUGUUGUUUUCAGAUGGAACUGGGAGAGAAGACAACACGCCUUUGAGGACAUGGAAGCCCGGAUAGCAAUGAUGCCUCUCUUAAUGGCUGAAGACGACCGAAGGACACUGCGCCUCUUGCGUCAUAAUUACGAUGAGGAAGCCAAGAUCAUGAAAGACGUCCCUGGCUGGCAGGUUGGGGAGUCUGUCUAUCAUACCACACGCUGGGUGACCCCCAGAGCUGACGAGCUGUACUUCCUUCAGCCAUCCAAAGUUCAGAAAGAUGUCUUCUUAGGCUACACCUGGAGCACAUAAGCAGACGGGUUGUGGAAGGACCCACCUCUCUCACUUUCCCAAGAUGGAACACAUUUCUUAAUAAACUAUUGCUCUCUGGAGCAUCGAUCCA